AUGUUUGUUCUUCCCCCACCUCCGCCUCGCUAUACCGUCCCGGUUGCCUAUGCAGCUGGGGCAUCGAACGGUAUGGCGGUUCCGAUCGUGGAGACCAACAACAUCAUCACCCAUCCGGAGAAUGGCUGUCCGCUACAGGUCGGAGAAGGAACCUAUCAACUUCAGGACGAUCUGCAUCUCGCAACCCCUCCUCCGCACCCGUCUGAAGCGCCGAUCAUCAAUCCAAACCCACUUGCAACCAACCCUGCUCCUCCGACAUCAGGCGUCAAGCUAUCGCUGGUUAGCCUUGGCCCUCGAAACAAGACUGUGUUCCCUUCCAAGCUGAAUGUCACUGCGCCGCCUUUCGGAGACGGCAAUGCUGCUCUUGCACCGAUUGCUGCGAAGGACCCCUCGAAGAAGCGCAAGCCGAAGAAUAACAUUAUCAAGAGCAGUUCGUCAUUUGUCUCCCGGGUCAUCAUCCACGAAUCGACUACAAAACGCCUAAAUGAUCGCGAUCCAGAAGGACUAUUUGCGUUUGCGAACAUCAAUCGCGCAUUCCAAUGGCUGGAUCUCAGCUCGAAGGUGAAAGACGAACCGCUAUCGAAAAUUCUCUUCACAAAGGCGCACAUGAUCAGUCACGAUGUCAAUGAAUUGACCAAAAGUGCAUCUCAUAUUGAUGUGGUUAUGGGUUCUUCAGCUGGAGACAUCUUUUGGUACGAGCCAAUCUCUCAGAAAUAUGCCCGAAUCAACAAGAAUGGGGUCAUAAAUAACUCGCCAGUAACCCACAUCAAGUGGAUUCCGGGCUCUGAGAACCUAUUCAUGGCAGCGCAUGAGAAUGGCCAGUUGGUCGUGUACGAUAAAGAGAAGGAGGAUGCUCUUUUUACUACAGAACUUCCAGGGGAGUCGACAGAAUCGGUCAAGCCGUCGAGCCGAUCACUGCAGGUGUUAAAGUCUGUAAACUCACAAAACCAGAAAACAAACCCGGUCGCAGUCUGGAAGCUGGCCAAUCAGAAAAUCUCUCAGUUUGCCUUUUCUCCAGACCAGAGACACCUUGCUGUCGUACUGGAAGAUGGGUCUUUGAGACUGCUGGACUACCUCCAGGAAGAGGUCCUGGACGUGUUUCGAAGUUACUACGGAGGAUUGACUUGCAUUUGCUGGUCACCAGAUGGGAAGUACAUUGUUACUGGUGGCCAAGAUGAUCUGGUCACGAUUUGGUCUCUACCAGAACGCAAGAUCAUCGCGCGAUGUCAAGGUCACGAUUCGUGGGUCUCUGCUGUCGCUUUUGAUCCGUGGCGAUGCGAUGAGAGGACGUACAGAAUUGGUAGCGUUGGGGACGAUUGCAAUUUACUGCUCUGGGAUUUUAGCGUCGGCAUGCUUCAUCGUCCCAAAGCGCAUCACCAAGCGAGCGCCCGCCAUCGAUCAAGCCUCAUAGCAUCAAGCUCACAGCACAUCAAUCGCCGCCGCGCAGAUAGCGCAGGGAACCGCAUGAGAUCGGACUCCCAAAUGACAGCCGCUGACAGUGAAGGCGCCUCCGAUCAGCCUAUUCAGCACCCUGUCGAGUCCAGGGCUCGGACUGCUUUGUUACCUCCCAUCAUGUCCAAGUCCGUCGGCGAAGACCCCAUCUGUUGGCUCGGUUUCCAGGAGGACUCCAUCAUGACAUCCUCUCUAGAAGGCCACAUCCGCACCUGGGACCGUCCCCGGGAGAAUAUCGGCGAUAACUAUGGCGAUCAGAACUCGUCUGCAGCAAUGGGCACCAGCAUGGGCUCGAAUCCUGCAGUAUCGUCUAGAGGCUCGCUGUGA